UCUCGAAUACACAUUUUGCGAGAGUAGAACUUCCGAACAUCCGAAGCUAGAGGGGUUCAUAUCCGCGGCAAAAAUGGGAAAAGGAACUGGAAGUUUUGGUAAGCGGAGGAACAAGACACACACACUUUGUGUGAGAUGCGGCCGCCGCAGCUUCCACCUCCAGAAGAGCCGGUGUUCCUCUUGUGCCUAUCCUGCUGCACGCAUCAGAAAAUAUAAUUGGAGUGUAAAAGCAAUCAGGAGAAAGACUACUGGAACUGGUCGAAUGAGGUAUCUCCGCAAUGUGCCCCGCAGAUUCAAGUCCAACUUCAGAGAAGGAACGGUGGCAACUCCAAGGAACAAGGGAGCUGCAGUAGCCUCUUAAAUUUCAUCUUUGCUUGUAAGCCAUUGUCGUCAACAGGGAGUGACUUGUUUGCACGUAGAUUCUGUACUCUCUUAUUCAAACAAUACAAAUAUUGACUUUGAACUUUUAUGUUCCCCUAACGUUAAUGUGGUAGGUGGCAAAAAAAAGACGUUAAAAAUUUGAGCAACUGCAUUGAAACUUUUAAUCAAUUUUAUAUAUGAAGUAGACAUAAAUAUUAAGUUUUUAUACUUAUGUGUUGAGUAUUUCUGUAUUUUAUCAUAGGCACUAUUUAUGUUUUGGGG